AGAGCAAAUUCCGAUAAACUCUCUUUAAACAAAGAGAGAGAGAGAAAGAAAGAUUGAACGCACAAUAUGAUUCUUUUUUAUGCUUGACAUUGUACUUGGCUUGCAUGAAAGAUGGAGCUUGAACCGGCUGCAUGCACUAAAGAUGGAUCGGUGGAUCGUGAAGGGAAGCCAGCUUUUAAACGGAUGACCGGCGGUAGGAAAUGUGGAAUCUUGUUGUUAGUGAAUGUAGGGCUUGAUACAGUGGCAUUUUCCGGAGUUGAAGUAAAUUUGGUUAAGUUCGUAAGGUUGGUACUGCGAGACAGUAAUGUAGAUGCAGCAAAUACCUUCACCAGAUGGAUAGGGACUGUGUAUUUAUUCUCCCUGAUCGGUGCAUUUCUCAGUGACUCCUACUUGGGAAGAUACCGAACUUGUAUCGUCUUUCAAGUUAUCCUUAUCAUUGGAUUGAUAUCCAUGUCCUUGUCAACCCAUUUAUUUUUUAUCAAACCCCAUGGCUGUGGCAAAAUAGGCUUCUUAUGUGAGCCUCAUGAAGCAUUCGAAGCGGCAAUAUAUUAUGCGUUGUUAUAUUUUAUUGCUUUGGGAUCUGGUGGCCCCGACGCCGUAUUGCCCGCAUUCAUCGCAGACCAGUUCGAUGAGGAAGAUCCGUCGGAAAAGCAGUACAAGUCUUCAUUUUACGGCUACUAUUAUGUGGCUCUAAACUUGGGAAGCUUGGUGGGUCCGACUGUUUUGGUAUACAUGGAGAACAAAGGGUACUGGGUGGUCAGUUUUUGGACUUGUAGUAUAUCUGCCGUCCUUGCUUGUGUAUUCUUAUUGAGUGGGAGUCUCAGAUAUAGACACUUUAAGCCUUCUGGAAAUCCCAUCUCAAGGUUCUCUCAAGUAUUAGUGGCUUCCCUGAGGAAAUCAAGUCAAAAACUUCCCUCAAAUGAAGAGGAGCUCUAUGAAAUCCAUGGAAGAGAAGGUGAGAGAAGUGGCAUGAGGAGGAUUCCUCACACUAAAGGCUUCAAGUUUCUCGACAGCGCGGCAAUCAUUACGCCGGAGGACGUGAAACUCAUAGACGGGGGGAGAAGUCCAAGCUCAUGGCAUCUUUGCACAGUCACACAGGUUGAAGAGGUGAAAUGUAUAUUGAGGCUAUUGCCAAUAUGGCUCUGCAGCGUCUUCUUCGCCGUGGUGUACACACAAAUGCUUUCGCUUUUCACGGAACAAGGAGAUGCAAUGAAUAAAUCAGUCUUCAACUUCAGUGUCCCUCCAGGAAGCAUUUAUGCAUUUAACAUCAUAGGCACAUCGGUCUUCAUUUUGUCAUAUGACAGCGUCGUCAUUCCGAUUUAUGUCAAGUUAAAUAAAGAGCCAAGGGUCCCUAGCACGCUGCAGAGGAUGGGAAUUGGCCUAGCCAUUUCAGUACUGCCCAUGGUAAUCGCAGGCGUCGUGGAGCAACAGAGGCUAAAAUGUGCCCGCAAUCUUCUUGUGGAAGAGCAAAGUUGUUUAAAUAUCUUGUGGCAGAUUCCCCAAUAUGUACUCGUGGGAUUGGCAGAAGCAUUUUUCUACGUCGGACAAAUUGAGUUCUUUGUGGAACAAACUCCGGGUGGGCUGAAGAGCUUGGGAAUAAGUUUAUGCAUGUCUUGUUUAGCCGUGGGCAGUUAUGUUGCGAGUGCUAUCUUAACAGUGGUGACGAAGAUAACAUCAAAGGAUGGCAAGCCUGGUUGGGUUCCUCGGAAUCUGAAUGAUGGCCACUUGGAUCGGUUUUUCUUCGUAUUGGCUCCUAUGGCAGUAGUCAAUUUUAUACUGUACGUGGUAUGUGCCAAGUGCUACAAGUCCAUAUCAUGGGAAAUGCGAUCUGAUUCUGAGGCAUGCCAAGAGGAAGGUUUUGGAUUGAGGAGAAAUUCUGAUCCGUAGCUGGCAAAAGCGUGGUUGCUUGUCUGCUACUCUUCAUGCUGCAUAGCCAUCAAACAGUCUUGAUGCGCCUGUUGGAAUAUGUAACACCCACUUAAUUAUGUGUCUAAAACGUUUGGUUUAUGAGUUCAGAAUCAUGAUUC